AUGGAUCCAUCUCGAAGACUCCCAAAGACCAAUGCCGAGGAUCUCAUGCAAAUCGUUAGACGCUUGGUUGCAAGUAAGCUCGGUGCUCAGAAUGCUGUCCGACAAGCCGUGGACGACCUCCUCGCUCUGCCUUCUGUUCGUUACUACCUCAAGCCCUACACGCAGAAGCAGAUUAAUGCUUUCGCCACCCACGCCUCGCGAUACUUUGAGCUCUACAACCCUGCAGGGUGCAUAGAAAUUGCUCACACGUCUAGAUACUCUCACAGGACAGGAAAGUCAGAGUUAUGCAUCCUCGCUACACGCCCCUUAGCCCCUGGUGUGGUAAUCAUUGAGCUGAAGGGAUCGAUGGCACAUCUUUCGAAGGAAGAAGACAAGGAACUCAAGCGCACCGACCUGAGAAAUAUCGACAUCAGGAGGGACUUUAGUGUUAUCCAUUCACGACAAAUGAAGAAGAACCAUCUAUUUUUGGGGCCCGCCCGAUUUGUGAACCAUGAUUGCGACAACAAUUGUGAGCUUUUUCGUGAAGGCAAGUACAUUACAUUUCGCACUCUCCGGGCUAUCUCUAUCGGCGAUGAGAUUACUGCGCAUUACGGUGAUGGCUACUUCGGAGGCAAGAAUCGACACUGCCUCUGUGAAACUUGCGAGAAGAACGGGAGAGGAGGC